AUGAUCUCCAGCGUCCGAUCUACCGGCCACCCGUUCCCCAACGCGCGGGCGCUGCAGCCGGCGCCAGAAACCCCCGACAGUGCCGACGCCGAGCUCACAACCGAGUACGCCAUCGGCGACCGCCUGCUGACCGUCUGCCUGACCAUCUUCAUCUUCCGCGGCGAGCCCGAUGCCUACUACAACCGGCACGUGCUGCUCUACUUUUCCUCGCCCGACGACCCGACCAUGUUCGAGACGGUACACGCGCAGCGCCAGGACGCGCACGCGCCCUGGAACGUCUACCACCUGCACGCCAAGACGGACUGGUCCGAACCGUCCAACUAUCAUGCACACGUCAACGCCGGCGCCGUGCUGGUCCGUGGUGAUGCCCUCAUGAUGCCGGUCGCGGCGGUCGCGGCGACGGAUGUCACGGGCAAGCACGCGGACGGCGGAUGGAACUGUCAGAAUUUUGUCCUCGAGGGGCUGCAGACGCUCGUGCGGCUGGGCUUGCAGACGCAGGACUGGUAUGACGCGGUCGAAGAGGAGCUUUUGGACAAGAUCAUCGAAGGCGCUGUCGGGUGA